AGUGACCCAUUUGAUGGAGAAAGAACGAAACGAUCACGUGUACAGUACUCGAUCCUAUCAUUCACCAACCCAACAUUAUCAUCAUCGUCAACAACAACAACAACAACAACAACAACAACAACAACAAUCCACCAAUAAAAAAAAACCUAGGACAUCAUCAUCUCAAAAAAAGAAAAGGAAAUCUACACAACAAAAAAACGAAUAUACUUGCAAAAGACAAGAUGUAGCUGACAACUCUAUGCACUCUACUGCUACUGAAGAUGGUGUGACCCGAUGCAACAAUUGCGGUACUUGUAAUACUCCCUUAUGGCGCCGGAAUGUGGAUGGAUUACCUCUAUGUAAUGCGUGUGGUCUAUUUUUGAAACUCCAUGGAACUGUACGGCCCCUCAGUCUAAAAACAGAUGUCAUCAAGAAACGAAACCGUGGUGGUUCUUUAUCAUCAUCAUCAUCAUCCAAGCGAAAACGAUCCUCACGUGGAACAAGAAAAUGGUCAAAGAAAAAGAAUUAAUAUAUAUAGUACAUUAUCUCCAUUCUUUUCUUUUUUUUUUUUUUUU